UCAAAAUUCUCUGCCUUUCGGCCUUCUCUUCGCUCUCCAUGCAUCUGUAAACUUCUCAAAUCGUCAAAAAACAUAGCUGCACAUUAAUCCCAAUACCGGAAAAAUAUCGCCUCUCCUGAUUGGGGUUUCUCAGGUCCGUCGAUUCAAGAAACGAAGUUCGAAUCUUGGGCUCGAAUUGUGUUCUGGGUUCGUGAAAAAUGUUCGGUUUCAUGAAAUCGAAUCAGGCCGCCAAUGGCGACGCGGCAAAGCAAGAGCCUCCGCCGAAGAGAACGGCUUCGGAGCCCGUGCUGAUGAAUGUCCCGGACGAGGACUCCGACGACGAGCAGCAAUGGCGGAAGAAGCCCUCGGGGGCGGCGAAGAAGAAGUACGAAAAUGGGUUCAAGGAUUCAGGAGGGCUGGAGAACCAGAGCGUUCAGGAGCUGGAGAAUUACGCGGUGUAUAAAGCAGAGGACACAACUAAUUCUGUGAAUAACUGUCUUAGGAUUGCAGAGGACAUUAGAUCGGAUGCCUCCAAGACUCUCGAUAUGUUGCAUGCUCAAGGUGACCAAAUUCAACGAACCCACGAAAUGGCUGUUGACAUGGACAAAGAUUUGAGCAAGGGUGAGAAACUUUUAAACAGUCUUGGUGGGAUGUUCUCCAAGCCAUGGAAGCCAAAGAAAACCAAGGAGAUCAAUGGCCCUGUGAUCACAGAAGAUAAAACAUCAAGAAAGAAUGCAAAUCACAGGGCACAAAGAGAGAAGCUGGGGAUAGGGAACAAACCAGGAGCCAAAUCAGCACCUGUAACACCUCCUCCUGAGCCAUCAAAUGCCAUGCAGAAAAUUGAGAUGGAGAAGGCAAAGCAAGAUGAUGGACUUUCAGAUUUGAGCGAUAUCUUGGGUGAUUUGAAAGGCAUGGCGGUUGACAUGGGCUCUGAACUUGACAGGCAAAAUAAAGCCUUGGAUCAUCUUGGUGAUGAUGUUGAUGAACUCAACUCUCGAGUCAAAGGAGCAAACCAACGUGCCCGUCAUUUGCUUUCCAAAUAAGACAGUUUCUACUACGAGCCAUCAUUCAUCUUCUUGCAGUCCCCCAAAUUGGGAAAUUUUCCUUGUUUUUCUUUUCUUCUUCUUUUUUUGUCUCUGUAAAUUCUUCCUUCCUUCAGAAAGUGUGUAUAUGUAUGUAUAUAGUUUGAUCGUCUCUUACAAGAUGGCAAUAUACUAAAAUAUCGUUCUUUCAUUAACUCGUUCCACAUGUAUGGCUAUACAAUGAUACUAAACAUGAAGAAUCGGU